CGAAUCGGUCGCGGCAAAGCGCAGUGGUUCCGGAAAGUUUCUUCUGGUUGGCGCUGUCCUGGCCAUACAAUUCGUCGGCGCGGCGGCGAUAACCAGCAAGGGUAUGUAAAAAUGUAUAUUCUCCGUUUAUUCCUUCAACGAAAAAACUAAGUCCAAAUUACUUCGCAAACUCCACGUGUGAAAAUGUAAGUCCGCCACAUCACAAAUAUGAUUUCUUAAUAUAACAUCGCAAUUGCGCGUGUUAAAAAAAUUAUUAAACGCCUUAAUUACUUUAAAAUACCCAGAUGGGUCUUAUUAAUAAAGUUUUUCUGGAUAUUUUAAAGGAAUUAAUACAUUUAAUAGUUUUUAUAAACAAUUAUAUAUCUUUCUAUUUCACGCUGCGUGAAAUAACGCGUCGCCACUCACAGUUUUCUUUCUUUAAUUUCUUUAAUGUAACCAUCGAUUUUAAUAUCGUUACAAUGCUUGAUUAAUUUUAAUCGAAAUCAGUUUACACUGAGGACGAUCCAAACCAGAGGAUCGAAACGUCUGUAAUAAUAAUUGUUUGUCAAUUACAUUAAUUCUCGCACGAACGCCAUGUGUUGGCUCUCACGGCGUUCAUUCAUAGUUUGAUUUAAUUCUUUCACCUCGCCACAAUUCAGGAGAAAUUCCUCCCUCGCCCAUGGUCGCUAUAAAAUCCUCGGCAACAAUGGGACAUGCGAGAUUGAUACCGGCGGGAUGGCGUUAUCACAGAUAUUCGGACCGGGCUGUCUCUCGGCGCGCAACGCGAUUCCAUCGUCAUUUACGCGAUCUCACGCCGAGAUACUUUUUGCUCGAACCAGCGUAUUCGCGGCACGAGCGGCACGAGAGUCCCGCAAGCGCGCGCUUCCAUUGCGCGUCACGUUUGCUUCGUGUAUCAUGAAAGCAAAACGGUCGUUUAUCGAGGAAUAGACGGGGGAGGGAGGGUAGGGGAAACGGGAAGAAAUCUCGAGGACGAUGCUGCGAAAGAAUCCUCCGAGCCAUCGAUUGUAACGGCUUCUUUAUCGAGAUUGCGGUCGUUGAUCGAUAAAAAGCACCCUCCGAAGGUCAGAGACGUUUCGGAGUUGCUCUCGCGUGGAAAUGGGCGGAAUAAUACCAUACAUAUACGUCGUAUAUGUACAUCCCUCCUUCCAGCUUAAUGUGUAGCGUUCCUCUGUUUUUUUUAUGACACCCGUAAAGAGGAGAAUCCGAGCUCUCGCGUUGAAUAAUUAACAUAUAUUUUGCGUUAACCUGAAAGUUUUAUGUCAAGCCGAGACGACCCCAGCCACGAGAGCUGGUAUCUGUCAAAGUUUUCUUUUUAUUGGCUCCCGCGGCCCCGGAGGCCGCCCCGCCCCUCCCCCCGGCGUGUAUCAGCGUAUGUAUCGUAUAAUGUUCGCGGAUUAAGCGGAACUACCUUUCGCCCGGGGAGUUUCCUGCUUGUAAACUUCUCCUGCGGAACCUGCGUUUACCUACCUACGCUUCGCCUUACCGGAAAGGUGUACUUAAAGUUAGACGUUUCGUGCUACAGCACCUUACGCGCUACCUUGUAUCUUAUAAUGUUAUUACUUCGUGGCGGGGUGAGUAUUUUAUCCCGGAUUGUUAUUUCGUGUCGGAGAAAUAUAAGAAAUAGCCAUGUAAUUUCGAAAUUAUGGACAUAAACGGAGAAAAAAGUGCUCUCGCAGUUAGAACUGUACAGCGGGAGGAGAAGGGAAAGUGAAAAUUAAUAGGGGAAAGAGAGAGAGAGAGAGAGGGAGCGGCAAGUAAAUUAGACGGUCAUUAACAACUCGGCCUCGUUGAAUUGCCUUGAAAGCGAGGGAAGCUGGAAUUUUCGCCCGCCUGCGUUCCCGCCCACCGCCGGCGCGAUAAUCCAGCAGGGAAAAUAGGGGAGAGUGUAUGGAACGAACAUGGCGGUUUCGCGGAAACGGUUGUUUGUUAAGAUUCCCUUUGUGGUGUCCAAGGUCUUCAAUCGGUUUUGAUCUCCCGCGGUCGGUCGUCUGAAAUCCAAACAGUCUCUCGACGAGCGACGGAACGCCACCCUCCCUUUGCCGAGGGUGAGGAAACCUGUCAAAGGUCAUGGCGUAAGUCGAACGUCUUGGCGAGAAACGCGGCAGAUCCCGUCUAUCCCAUUCCCCUAGAGAACGUAGUACAGUCGAGUGAUUUUAUCUACGCAUAACUUUUUCCCGAUAAUGGCAGUCGAGUGCGGAGCGAGAGAAAUUAAACUAUGAUUUGAUAGACGUAAUCACGCAACACGGAGAGAACUUCUUUUCUUCGAAUUUGCCCUUAAAAUCAUGGCAGUGAGAUAACGUGAUAUUUCGAAGAACUUUGCUAUAAAUUUAUUAAAAUCUAGUAAAAUUUAACCAAAAUAUUUUAUGUUUUAUUGUGAUAGGUGUCAUAUGUAUUAAUAAAUUUUCUUUGAAACAUCAGGUUGUUUUACGAUUACCAUGAUUUUGAGGGUAAAUUAUACAAUGAGAGAGACGAAGAAUUCCUAAAUUUUAAUAUAUACUUAUUGGAAUAGUAUCCUAUUAAUGAAAUAUUUACAAUGUUGAAACAUUUGUGUACUUUUUUGAAAAAAAUCUGCUGGUUAAAGUUUUUGUGUCAAGUAACGAACAUAUGUGUAAAUUUAAUACACGUCUGCUAUGUUAACUAAAUUUAGCAGAUAUAAAAUGUAGAAUUGUGAAAGUGAUUUAAAAAAUAACGCAGUUUGCACGUAUUUAAAUAAGUGCAAAUUGUGUUACUGUAACACAUUUUUUAAAUCAUUUUUAUAAUUUUACAUUUUGUAUCUGUUAAAAUUUACAGAAAAAGAAUGUUGAUGUUGCACUGUAACAGGAGUGGGGAUAACUGUGCGAUAAUUUUUUACUAUUCUUCUGUUACUUUCAUCAUAAAAAUUAGAUAAAUUGUACACACAUGUAACUUUAAAUAACGAUCAAGGUUACGUUUCUUGCUUGUUGAAAUAUUAACGCAGUAUUAAUGUCAUCAUUUAACAUUUAUUAAUGUCAUCACACAUCCCGAUUAUGUUAAAUUAACACAAAAUUUUGAGUGAACCAUUUGGCAAAAGUGAUUUAUGUUAUACAAUUUUUCCAUCUGCGUGUACUUACGGUACAUAAAUAUUUACUCUAAGAAAAAACUUAAAUUAAUGGUUCUCGUACUAAAUAGCUAUAUAUUUACGUUUAGUAAAUAUUUCAUUAAUACUAUUGAAACAAAUAUUUAUAAAAAUUUAGUAAUUCUUUCCUCGGCGUGAGAAAAAAUUCUCUCCGUACCACGGAAGAUCUCCGUUCAAAAAUUUGCGAUGUAGUCGCUGCUCUAUUCUUCAUUUACGUUCUCGGAUCAAUUUUUAAAUUAUCCGAAGUCUUAGAGAUGAGAAGGAAAGCAUGGCACUUUUUGCUUGCGUCCCAUCUUCAUCUCGCACUUUCAAUGCUUUUCAUUUUGCCACGUGCUUACCGGGAUUACGCUGCGCAAGCAGUCUUCGUCGCCGUUUUGAAUUAUACAUACAAUACCUUUUGGCAAUGCGAGCUCAGGGUGGAAUGGCCGCAUCAGGGGAUUAAUACGCCAACCGCCGCCGUCGCGUUCGCGCGUACAUUCGUCUUCCCCGCAUGCAAAUCCCGCACGCGAGCCGCUCGGAGAGUGCCCGACCGUGUACACACUUCAUUAUUUCGACACGGUACACAUUUCAACUCCACCGGCGAUUAUGAAAAGCCGACCGCGUGUGUACGAGUGCCAUAAUGCGCCACCGUGCGUGACAAUUUAGAAAAAUCGUCCGUCAAAACGAGCCGCGUGUCUCGUAACGACGGAUUCGUCUUGUGAGCGCAACAUCUUAUUGUUACGAGCGACAAUGGAAUGGGAUCAAGCAAUGUGCUGGAAGAAAGAAUUAAGAAGGGAUUUCUUGUUACCGUUUGGAGUUUAGAGGAUGAAAAAGAAAAUCAAUUUUCUUCUUUUAUAUUUAAAAAAUCCUUAAUCUUAAAAACAUCUCCCUUGAAAAGCGAAAUUCGAAUUUAUCAUUAUUUCAUUUUGUUUGAACUUCCCGCGUGUUCCGCUGGUCGUGCAUGCAGUUGCAGUUGGUAGUACACUAUGGCGGCGCUAGGCGCAAAAAAUGUGGAGGUUGGCAACGGGCUUCAACUCACUUCUUGUUAGAGACGACGAGCGUGCACGUGCGUGUCUUUAGUGCGUUAUUGUUUUAUAGCAAUAAAUUACGAGUAUUGUUUUGCAUAGCGAAUUUGAGUCUUGUGAAGUAAGGCAGUCAGAUUGCAGAGAGAGGACCAUUCACGUUGGUCUACAUAUUGUCUCAGUGACAGAGCCAUUCGGGCGUAGUCCGCCGUUCGGGCAGAGAUUGAGAAAGAGAACGCAAGGUUCUUGUCGCGGAUCCUGGAUCUGCGCUCUUCAUACAGCCGUUCGGGCGAAGUCUGCCUGUUGGGCAGAGGGAGAGCGAACUCAAGGUUCUCUUCUCCUGGUCUUUUUCUAUCUAUCCAUAUAGCCGUUCGGGCGUAGACUUCCUUUGGACAAGGAGAGAGAGAGAGAGAGAGAGAGCGCAAGGCUCUAGUCAAACCCGCUUACAUUUUGGUUAUACAUAGCCGGUUGGACAUAGGCCGCCAUUUUGGACAACCGGAGAUACGAGCGCAUGGAAUCAUUUAUCGGGCUACCUAUUAGCAUCAAUCUAAACACAAGGCUGCUGAUGUUAUCCGAGAGUUAACAGCGCUUUGUGACUAUUAAUUUUCUGUUUAUUUUCAGCAUUUUAUACAGGUAUUUUCUUGUUUCAUUGUUCUUACACCUCAACUCAUAAUUCGAGAAGGCCGAGUCUCAUCUGGCAGUGCGGGAAUAUUCCAGCAUUUCGAGGGUUGACUAUUGAAACCUGAGCAGUAUACGAUUCUCAUCUUACGGCAACCGAAUUCUACAGCCCUCCCCCUUUUUUUUGGCACGAGAUUGCCGCAGAAUUAACUGAUUAUAUUAGCAUACGAACAUAUUAACUAUAUUAAAUUUUUCAUAAUAAAUUCACUGUUUGUUAUUUGAUUUUAUCCGUUGAGUUAUAGCUAUCAUUUCAUAGUUAACCCACUAACUAAUUUAAACGUCGAGUUCUAACAUUUUUGGUCCUUCGAGCCGGAUAUUAAUAGCUGCAAUUCAAGAUGAGGCUCAGUCACAUUCUCGCUCAUGUGGAACAACAGUUUACACUGUCAGAUCUGAUAACCUGCUCAUAUGAGAAUUUUUCGAAAAACGAGUUAUAUAAUGUCACAACACAACGAGUGCAUGCACGCCUGUCGACGCUAAAGGACGAUUGGGAGCGCUUCUGUCUAGAACAUAAAGCCAUCCUGAUUGCUAUUCAAGAACUGAGUAACGACGAUAAAUCUACUAUUAAAGCUAACCCGUAUUUUACAACAAAUCUUUAUACUUUAACACAUGAACGUUACGUAACCGUAGUCGAGCGCUUGACUGCUUUACUCGAAGAUGAUCAUGGAAGCGUUCCGAGCACGUCAUCGUCGCGGGCUGCACCACUCUCCCAUUCCAGCUUACCGGUGUUCGUUCACCAUGCGAGAUUACCUCGAAUUGAUCUGCCCAAGUUCAAUGGGACUCCUACUGACUGGUUACCAUUUAAAGACUUAUUCCACUCACUUGUUAUUCAGAAUCCAACAUUAUCAUAUGUAGAGAAACUUCAAUAUUUAAAGUCGAGUUUAACCGGUACAGCUUCCUCUUUACUAAAGAAUACCACUUUAACAGCCGACAAUUUCUUAAAAUCCUGGGAAGCAUUAACCGCGUUUUAUGAAAAUAAGCGCUUAUUAAUUAAUGCAGCUUUACAAUCGUUAUUAUCUAUCAAACGUAUGACGAGGGAAUCAUCCGGUGAGUUGGAGAAAUUGUAUACAAAUGUAAUGCAAAUUUAUAGAUCUUUAGAAGGGCUACAACGCCCGGUUGAAUAUUGGGAUGAUUUUCUAAUUUUUAUUGUACUACAACGCAUUGAUUCUGAAUCCGUGAAAGCAUGGGAACAGCAUCUAGGUUCCUCCAAAGAUAUUCCCACUUGGGAUCAGUUCAAUGAAUUUCUAGUCGCUCGUUUGUUAUCCUUGAAGGCAUAUGAGAAGUCUCGCUCGGGAAAGAGUGAAACGCAAUCACUUCCUACUGCUGUCAAAGCACAUUACCACGGAAAGACAAAGGAAACGGGUUUGGUCGAUACAAAAUCGUGUCCGCUCUGCAAGGAGAAGCAUUACGUUAUGUCAUGUCCCAAUUAUUCUAACAAAACGGCUCAACAACGUAUUGCAAUCAUCAAAAGGUAUAAGCUGUGUUACAACUGUCUUGGCUUCCAUCUGGCAUCCCAUUGCAAAAGUGUUAAACGGUGUACCAAGUGCGCCGCUAAGCAUCACACUUCCAUACACCAAACGCCUCUACAGAAAUCUACCAUACAAUCUACCGCAACCGAAUCCGACACCACAUCCAGUAACAAGGCUACAUGACUAUUACAUUCUUCUAUUGAUAGAACUUACAA